AUGGAGGAAGUUAAUCCGGUUGCUGUUGACGCCUUUAGGAAAUAUGGUCCACACUUGUUUUGUAGAUCUUUUGUCAACCUAGAAGGAAAGUGUGAUGUUAUUUUGAGCAAUAUGGUGGAAACUUUUAACAAUUACAUUAUGAAUGCUAGAUCCCAUCAUUUAAUAGAUAUGCUUGAAGAAAUUAGAACAAUGCUAAUAAAGAGGAUGGCUAAGAAAAAGGAAGAGGCAUUGAAGAAGUGGAAGGGUUUGUUAUGUCCAAAAGUACAAAAAACCUUAGAUUCAGAGAAGCAAGAAGCAGCUAAGUGCACUGUCAUUCCUACAACAUCAACUCGUUUCCAAGUAGCCUAUUGUAUGGAUGUUUUAGAGGUUGAUAUUGAAAAUAGAACUUGUACUUGCAGGAAAUGGUAUUUAAGAGGGAUUCCAUGUUGUCAUGCAGUUGCAUCUAUUUUUUACUUGCACAAGGAGGUUGAGUCAUACGUUGAUCAGUGCUACACUAGAGAGGCUUAUUUGAGAGCCUAUGAAGGAAACAUCAAUCCUUGUAUUGGCGAGAGGCAUUGGCCUAAAAUUGACAAACCGAUCGAUCCUCCUCCAAUUAAGAUUGGUCUUGGUAGACCACGAAAAAACAGAAUCAAGGAUCCGCAUGAAGAUCCUAAAAAACAGGAAAGCUCUCAAGACACGACGUUCAAAUGA